GCCCACCAUCCUGCGGGUGGGACUGGGCGUGGCCGGAGGAGGGUGUCUUGGAGGCGGCGAGCGUUUAGUUUGGGGGAGGCAGGCCCAGCCAGGGCCCGCGCACCGCCCCACCUCUCUACCCUGGAGAAGUGGCUGCGGGGCGGAGGCGGGCCGGGCCUGGCGGGGCGCGGGCUGGUUGGCAGUUACAGCUGGCUGAGUGGGCCCUCUCCUCUCUCCCCAGACCCUGUCUAGGAGCUGGGCCCGGCGACGCAGGAAUGGCCCCAAGGCCUCCGACGGCCAGGCCGCAGGAAUCGGUGACAUUUAAAGAUGUGGCUGUGAACUUCACCCAGGAAGAAUGGCACCACAUGGAUCCCGCUCAGAGGCGCUUGUACAGGGAUGUGAUGCUGGAGAACUAUAGCCACUUGGUUUCUCUUGGAUAUCAAGUUUCCAAGCCAGAGGUGAUCUUCAAAUUGGAGCAAGGAGAAGAGCCAUGGAUAGCAGAGGGAGAAAUCCAAAGACCUUUCUGUCCAGGGUGUCUUGCUGCUGACUGGAGGACCAGGCCUGAAGCCAAAUCUUCAAAUCUGCAGCAGAGCAUAUCUGAAGUAUCCCUUAGCACAGAUGAUCCCUCAUGUACCACGUUAGAAGACACUUGGGAUAUUAAUGGCCAGUUAGAGAGGCACAAGGAAAACUGGAAGAGACAUUUGGGGCCAGAUGCAUCCACCCAGAAGAAAAUAAUCACACCAGAGGAAGCUUGUGAGCAAAAUAAAUUUGUUGAAAAUUCUAGAUUGAACACAGACCUGGUUACACAACUGAACAUUCCUCCAAGGUCUAAUGAAUGUGAUACACUUGGGAGCAAUUUGGGACAUAAUUCAGACUUACUCAGUCAGAAUAAUAUCCUUGCAAAAAAGAAACCUUAUAAAUGUAAUAAAUGUAGAAAAGCCUUUAUUCAUAGGUCAUCACUGACUAAACAUGAGAAAACUCAUAAAGGAGAUGGAACUUUCCCCAACGGUACAGAUCAGGGAAUUUAUCCUGGAAAGAAACACCAUGAAUGUACUGACUGUGGGAAAACCUUCCUCUGGAAGACACAACUUACUGAGCAUCAGAGAAUUCACACUGGGGAGAAACCCUUUGAAUGUAAUGUGUGUGGGAAGGCCUUCAGGCAUAGCUCAUCCCUUGGUCAGCAUGAGAAUGCUCAUACUGGAGAGAAACCCUAUCAGUGUAGUCUCUGUGGGAAAGCCUUCCAGCGCAGCUCCUCCCUUGUUCAACACCAGAGAAUUCACACUGGAGAGAAACCAUAUCGAUGUAAUUUGUGUGGUAGGUCAUUUAGGCAUGGCACAUCCCUCACUCAGCACGAGGUCACACAUAGUGGAGAGAAACCCUUCCAAUGUAAGGAAUGUGGGAAAGCCUUUAGUCGGUGUUCUUCCCUUGUCCAGCAUGAGAGGACUCACACAGGAGAGAAACCUUUUGAAUGUAGCAUAUGUGGGAGGGCUUUUGGUCAGAGCCCUUCCCUUUAUAAACAUAUGAGGAUUCAUAAGAGAGGCAAACCUUACCAAAGCAGUAACUACAGCAUAGAUUUCAAGAGCUCAUCUCUUACUCAAGAUGAAAACACUCUCACUGAAGUGAAAUCCUAUCAUUGCAAUGACUGUGGGGAAGACUUCAGUCACAUUACAGACUUCUCUGACCAUCAGAGGAUCCACACUAGAGAAAACCCCUAUGAUUGUGAGCAGGCCUUUAGUCAACAAUCUAUUUCUCACCCUGGCGAGAAACCCUAUCAAUGUAAUGUAUGUGGGAAAGCUUUCAAAAGGAGUACGAGUUUCAUAGAGCAUCACAGAAUUCAUACUGGAGAAAAACCCUAUGAAUGUAAUGAAUGUGGAGAAGCCUUCAGUCGACGCUCAUCACUGACUCAACAUGAGAGAACCCACACUGGAGAGAAACCCUAUGAAUGUAUCGACUGUGGUAAAGCCUUCAGUCAGAGUUCAUCUCUCAUUCAGCAUGAGAGAACUCAUACCGGAGAAAAACCCUAUGAAUGUAAUGAAUGUGGGCGAGCUUUCCGAAAGAAAACUAAUCUGCAUGAUCAUCAGAGAAUCCAUACUGGAGAAAAACCCUACGCUUGUAAGGAAUGUGGGAAAAACUUCAGUCGAAGCUCAGCUCUUACUAAACAUCAGAGAAUUCAUACACGAAAUAAACUCUAGGAACCUUGACAUUAGGGAAUGUGCCAAAAGCUUUAGCUAAAAUAUUGUUCUUAUUCAGUAUCAGAGGAUUCUUACUGGAGAGAAAGCUUGAGAAUGUAAUGAAUUGUGUGUGUGUAUGUGUGUACAUUGUGUGUGGAGAAAGCUCUGUGCUAGUAGACAGUGUUUUUUUAAAUAAAAGCCACAUUCUCUGGGACUUCCCUGGUGGUCCAGUGGUUAUAAGACUCCACGCUUCCAACUGCAGGGGCACAGGUUCGAUCCCUAGUUGGUGAAGAUCCUGCAUGCCAUGUGGUGCAGCCAAAUAAGAGAAAAAAAAAAAAAAGGAAAAGAAUAAAUAAAAGCCACAUUCUCAGAUCUGAUUACAGACGUGUGUAAAAACAACUACAAACAUAUAGCCUGUUAGAAAUGGUAUGCCUAUAUAUUGGACUUUGUAAAUUUUUUGAAUAUAUGUUUGCAGGAGAUCACCAACUUUCAACAAUUUAACUUGUAACUCUCACUGUUUACAGCUUUUUAAAAA